CAGUAUAAGAACACAAACACCCUGACUACAUCAGGAGAGAAGGAUCACAGCGUGACAGGCACAAGGUCCACUUUAGACCUCUUUAGCUUCGACGGUUCUCAGGAAUGGCAUCAGAAGUGUUUGUCCGUGGGAUGCUCUUUCUCUUCCUGACCAUUGUGGGAAUUCCAGGUAAUGCCACUGUAAUUGUGGCAUUCCUCCUCUUGCUGUACCAGGAGAAGCGACUUUUAGCAGCUGAUGCUAUUCUCCUGCACCUGGCCUGUGUCAACCUGUUGGUGGUGGUUGUACGUGCUUUGACGGAGACCCUGGCCUCCUUCCGUCUGGCCGACAUCUUUGGAGACACAGGCUGUAAAUCAGUGAUCUUUAUCUAUAGAGCAACACGUGGCCUCUCAAUCUGGCUCACUUUCCUGCUGAGUACCUAUCAGUGCUUGAGCAUUGCCCCUCCAGGAUCAAGCUGGGCUUCUGUUCGUGCCUUGUUAGGUCACUAUUUGGCCUUUGUGUUCCUCUUCCUUUGGGUUCUCAAUGCCUGCAUGACGACAGCAGCCAUACUGUUUUCUUUCAGUACCAAGAAUGAAACUAGCCCGAUAGACAAUGGCAUUAAUGUGCAAUUCUGCUAUUUGAACUUUCCUUCAAAGCUGUCCAGAGAUGCCAACGGGGCAAUCCAGGUUGGCAGGGAUGUUGUGCCCAUGGCCCUCAUGACACUCGCAAGUCUGAUUAUCCUGGUAUUCCUUUACAAGCACAGCCAGCAGGUGAAGGGACUCCGCAGUAGUGGUGGUGGUGGUGCUGGAAAUAGUGGAGCUGAACAACGAGCUGCCAAAGCUGUGGUGGCACUUGUGACCUUGUAUGUUGUCUUCUAUGGGGCAGAUAAUGGGCUUUGGGUGUACACCCUCACUGUGAAGAAAACCAUGAGUUCCUCACUGAUCUCUGACCUGCGUUUAUUCUUUGGCUCGCUAUAUGCAGCACUAAGCCCUCUGGUUAUAAUUGCAUCAAACAGGAAGGUGAACAGCAGGCUGGGGUGUGUAGCACAUGAGAAGUCUGCUGUGGAGAAAAUCAAAAAUCUUUCUAGCAUGUGAGGCCUGCUGGGAUCAGUUGAUCACUGGACUGAGAUUAACCUCAGACAGAAUUUUUGAAACUCUGGGUCAUGCAUCGGUUAUUCUGUCUUUGAAAUAUACUGAGCACACUAUUUUCCACAGUUUCCUGAUUUUGCUUAAAAUUUGGGAAUUGCACUGUCUUUUUCCCCCAUGUAAUGGCUUUGGUAGUUCUUAAUUCACAACAUGAUGCCCUUUUCUUUGUUAAAAAGACCUUUCAGAUGUGUUUUAAUUCAAAUACCUAAUAGUUCCUUAUUUAUUGUGUCACUAUCAAUCAGAGCAACCCUGUUACUGAGUACAAGUCUGUACAGAUCUCUGCUGAUCUGGCACUAUGUUCUUUUGUUAGUUUAUAUUCCCUCUAUAUUAAUUGAGAGGAAGAAUUAUAGUUGGUUGACAUGGGCUCAAUGUAGCUGCCUAUUUAGCUAUAAUUAAGGCUUUGAAUGUAAUCUGGGAAGUGUCCUGUGCUAAUGAGCCAGGCUAAUUGUCCCACAGAGAAUUGUUUAAAACCUUAUGGAAAAGACUAUAUUCUUUGGAUGGAAAAAGCGAUGUUCAUUAAUCAACAAUGAGUUACUCCGUUCCGUGCACAUGUUAUAUUGUAUGUCUAGGCUUCUUGGGUACAGUUAUAAGACUUUAAGGACACAAAAAUACAUCUUGGCAAAAGCUCAGAUGAGCUUGCUGUGAAAGUGGCAAUGUGGGAGUUUAGGAGUCAUUAUGUAAUUGCUAUGUCUCGGAGAAGUAAGUGUAAAGAGAGAGAGAGAGACAGGGUGAGGACACAGCAACCUCUGUGAGUGACAGUCAAAAAGACAUAAAGUGGGGCUGCCAGCACUCUGUGAUCCUGCAAUAACUCUAAAGUGCAAUCAGUGCAGCGGUAUUCAACUACUGUCGCAUUGCAGGUAUGAAUAAGGAGGACAAGUCCUCUUUCAGUGCUUGUGCAGAACUGUUGCUUUCACCAUCACAUUGCCUUCAAAGGGCAUUAAAGGCCAUAUCUUUUAUCUAAAAAACAAAAAAACAAAGCCCUGUUAAAAUUUAUUGUAAAAGUUGCAACCAUUAAAACCCUUGAUAAUGUGAUUAUAUGACUUAAGCUUCUCUGAGGAUGAAAAAUUCCAUGUGUCUUACUCUUCAAACCACUGAAAUCUGAUUAGCACUUUACACAGACUCCGGUGGAAUGAAGGAUAGAAUACAUGGAUGGUUUCACAAGUGAAGUGAGCACGCUGAAGCCUCCCUUCAGGUGGUGAAUCACUGGGGACGUUGACACCGAUUUCAGUGAUGUCAUUCUUUCUGUUUCUGUCAGGGAAGAAGAGGUUGAUUAAUUAAAGAGAACAAAUACAUGAAAGACAGGUUCCAUUGGAGUGUAUGCUCAAGUUUCCUUCUGUACAGGUUGUGUGAAGGGCGUGCCAGGCGAGGCCUCUCCCUGCACAAGUAAGGACCUGUUUUCGAUGUUUUCCAUCCUUUUGCAGUCUUUUCAGCUUGAUGAAUGCAGGGUGCUGAUUAACACGUACAGUCCAAACCCACACAAUUGUAACCAUCUAUUACAGCAUCUCACAGCCUUCAGCUCAAGCAUUUACUCCUAACAUUUAAUUAUUCACUUUACAAAAAAACCUGCCUGUCUAUGCACACUUUUCAGUCUGAAGUCUCAUUUCACCUGUAUGACAAGGCAAUGCACUUGCCACCUAGAAAACACAACAAGGCACAACUAAUUGAUAUUUACCCCCCCCCCC